UUCCCAGGGAUGGUUGUGGCAUUGCAUCAGGGGGUAUUUGUGCUUGUAAUUUGGUCAUCCGGCCCGGGAUAAGGGAGAAGCAUUUGCUACAGAUUCCGGCUCCCACCCCCCUCCCCCAGGCUAGAGAAAAAUGGGUGUGGUGAGUAGAUACAGCUGACUCCGGGCCUAUAGGGUAACACAGCCCAGUCAUCAGCCGAGAGAGAUUCAAACCCAAGUAGCAGCAGCUAUUUUUAUAAAUCAGCCUUGAAUCCAGGCUGAGCGCUUGGAUUUAGGGGGACCAGUUGUCAUACUUUAACUGUUACAGGCUGUCUGUUUAGUAGAAGAGAAACUGAGUUGCUAAGCAAGUUGGGACGCAGCAAAUAUUGUCCCUGCCACUGUGGACUAGCUCUUUCCUCUAAUACCCCCAGGCCCCGGGACUGAACUACUUUCUCUUUUGAGAGCUUUCCUAAAUUUGAUAAGAAAUCUGCAGAAAAACAGAAAGGACGUUAAAUAAGAAUAUCUACUAUCAGGCAGAUUCAGUGUUGAAGAAUGGCUGAUUUUGACAAUAGCCUCAGCCUGGAAGAUGCUUUAACUGAAACACCACCUGAAAUUGAGGAAGAGAUAAAACGAGAUUUCAUGAGCACACUAGAAGCAGAACCAUAUGAUGAUGUGGUGGGAGAAACUGUGAGCAAAACAGACUACAUUCCCCUCCUGGAUGAUGAUGAUAAAACUGGGAACCCAGAGUCAAAGAGCAGACCUCAUCUGGAUGGUGGUCAGGUUGAAAGCACUACACCUACCAAACCAACAGUGUUAGCUAAUGGUGAUCAUGAAAUAGAAGAGAAUGAUGCCACUGAUCCUUAUCAGAUGUACCAAGAUAAUAUCUUGUCAGAUUUGUUGUUUGUCUCUCCUGGAUUGGUGAACACCUCACCAUUUGCAGAACAUUUGGAUUCUUCAAAAGACAAUAUUGCAGCAGUUGAGCCCUCCUAUGAAUCAUUUGUUUCAAGAACUGAGACAGGAUCAGGAGGAUGGCCCAUGGAAGCCCAGAACCCUUCAGACUCAUCCCCCUUUGUCUUCCUGGAAUCUAAUCCUCAGCCUCUCCAGCCCACAACAGAGCCAAUCAAGGAGGUAGAGAUGGAGGUAGAAUUAACCAAGGAGGCAUUAUCAGUAAAAGAGGUGGAAAUGAACCUGGCACCUUCCAUGGAAGUGGAGAAAGCACCAGUAAUGGAAAGUCAGCCAUUUAUAGAGGUGGCAUCAGUCAAGGGGGAGGAUGAACCAGCUAUGGAGAUGGCAUCAUCCAAGGGGGUGGAAGAUGAACUAGCCAUGGAGGUGGCAUCAAUCAAGGAGGAAGAGAAUAAACUAGCUUUGGAGGUAACCCCAGACUUAAGGGCUCAGACAGAACAAGUCGCAGAAAUGAUACCAACUGAACAGACCCAAGAAGUCCCAUGUGUGGAUAUGGAACUUGCCAAGGAGAACCAGGCGAUCCCAGCCAAGGAGUCCCAGGUGGUGCCAGCUGUUGAGGUGGUAAAGAUACCAGCUGUGGAGGUCGAACAAACUAAGGAAGCCCAGCUGGCACCAGUCAUGGAACUGACACUGACCAAGGACAUAGAGGCAAUAACAACCCCAGCCAAGGAUGUGGAAGUAGAGAAAAUGAGUGAACCUCAGAGACUGGCAUCUCCCCAGGCUGAAGAAAGCUGUGUUUUCAUGGCCUCCCCAGAGUCCCCUAAGAUACCCGGCAUGGACAGUUUGGAACCACUGCAGGAACAGGUACUGCCUGGAGUUGUUUCUCCUAACACAGAACCAAGAACAGAUUCCAAAGUGGAUGAUUCGAAUUACUUUGAACAAACAGCUCCUGUUCCUGUAGCUGAAGUGAAUCCUUUUAAACUUUGUUCUGAGAAUUCCCCAGCAUCACCUACUGAAGUACCUUUAGAACCAGUUGCAGUCCUAGAACAAAAAGUAUACUUGCCAGAAACUUCAGUUCCUGCAGAAGAUAAAGCUUUAGAGAAACUGGAAGAGAGUAAAGCCCUGGUAUCCUCUCCAGAGACUAUAGCAGAAACACUGAAUACAGGACCAUUAAUACAAAAUAAAGCAUCCCCACUAGAAGAAAUGACUUCUUCUAUUGAUUUUGCUGCAUUAGAAAAGCCAAAGGGAGAGACCGAGCACUGCCAUGUCUCAUCUUCAGAGUCUUCUCUGGAACCUACAGGUGCUCCCACCGCACAAGCAAAACAAGCUUAUAGACCCAGUGACCGCAGGUUUGGUACACCCAGGCCUGUAUGUCUUACUGAUGUGCCCAGAGAACUGCUGGGAGGCCAUUCUCAGCAGAAGAUUCUUGAUCAAAGAGUGGAGCCCUUCUUUUGGUCAGAAUCUGGAUGGACCUCUAGCUCUGCCCCCAGACCCAGGUUUCCCCACAGGAGGACACCCCAGACUGACUUCCUGGAAUCAAGAAGGGACUUUGGGAGAGAGACAUGGGAUGUGGAAUGUACACCCGCAACCCUGAAGAAAAAGAAGAAAAAAUCUAAGCAAAAAAGAUAUCUUCAACCCCUAGUUGGAGAACUUUGGGAUGAAAACACAGAGUUGUCCAAAGGUCACCUGCCAGGAGCUGACCUCCCGAAGUCCGAUGUCAUGCCGGGGCCAUCUGCUGCCAUGACGAAAGAAUACAGGCCUGCGUCCAAAGACAGCUCUAGAAAAGGAACCGCUGCUCGCCCCAGAGAGGCCAAGUUGGUGGCUGCAUCCUCUGCCUUGAGUACCUCAUCGAGUCCUAGCCAGGAAGCCGUCCACGUUGAAAGCCAUCCCCCGAUUGUGGGGGCCACUGGAGAAAAAGAGGCCCCUGGCGGUGGCUCGCAGUCCCAGAGGAAGAGCCCCGUGCAGAAGGACGCUGGACAUCUUGAUGGCAAAGCCCAGCAAAGUCUGCGGGAAGAUCCCUCUUUAGCGCCGCUGGCUUUUCCUUUGAAGCCUGCUUUGGAUAAAACCCAGGCUAGGGGAGUGCUGGAUUCAGCAUUGCCCUCUCCAGAAGUUUCUCCAAGCAAACAGGUGGACACUCCUUUUGAGACUAAACCUGGAGAAAACAGCUGUAGUAACACGAAUCCGGAAGCCAAGGAUGCACAGGCGCAGAUUACAUUGUCCACAGUUGAUGCAGGUGUCGUGGCACAUAGUCCGAGGGACAGUGCUGGGGAAACCAAAGCAGUUGACCAGCGUGCACCGAAAUCACCAAGUCUUUUAAAGAAUAAAGUGGAACAGAACAAAGGUUUUGAAGGGAUCGACAGAACCAAAACGGCAGAAAACAAAAGUUUUCCUGAGCAAAGGCAAGAAGUGGGAUGCUUUGCUUCUGAGCAGCCAUGGUACUGUGUGGCAGGUCCCAUCCCUCAUAAAGGGCUGGAAUGUCCUGAGAAAACUGGUGAGCGUAAAGGGAGAAAAACGAGAGAGCGGGCAGAAGUGCUGCUCCUUCAGGAGACACAGAAGGAUGGUAUACAUUCUGGGGCAGCUGGGAGAACACCCCAAACGAAAGGGACAAGUGUCCACGAUAAGCAUGAGGGAGCAGAAGCUACGCCUUCCAAUCAGGUCUUAGAGACAGCGGCCAGUCUCCUUAAGACAGUGCCUGAGGAAGCUAAAGAGAAAGUUGACUCCGUUGUGGAAGUUGAAAGUACCUCCAAAGUAUUAAGUCAUUUGGAUGAUAAGACAGUCACGGGCCAAAUGCUUGGAGCCGUAGUAGAGAAACAAAUGGCUAAAGAUCCAGAAAAAGACCAGAGCAAGGAGGGCUUGUGCCCCAUUUCUGAGUGUGCCUGGGGUAGCUCUGCUCAGUCCAGUGCAGCUUUCCAAGUUUCCGAGAAACCUAAAAAGAGGGGUAGUGAUGGGAAAAGCAAAAAGUUUAAAAAAAGUUAUUCUGGACAGUCGGCUCUAAUGGAGAGCAAAACAGAUGCACAUGUCCUGCCCUUUGCAGACAAGAAUGGAAAUCCAGAGAAACAAAUUAAUUUCUCUGAUAAAAACAAGGAGUUAGGACUCCUGCCUGCCAAAAGUCCUAAUCCUUUGCUUUUAGAAGUUUCUGACAAGCCUGAAAAAUGGUCCGUUGGUCAAAAAGAUAGAGCCAUUGAGAUCAGUUCUUCUGAACCCUGGACAUUUGUUGAGAACACAAAACACACUGCUAAGGACUCUCCUUCCACUAUAUCAGAUACAGAUAGAACAAAUGUCAGCUGCAAUGAACAGACCCUCCCUCUGGGACCUCCCACUUCCGGGCAGGGUAAGGCAGAAGGGACUGCAAGCCAAGGAGUAGUGGCUGACAAACCAAAGAAAAGAUGUAUUGAUGGAAAAAGUAAAAAGGAUAAAAAUGCCCACCUUCUCCUAGAGAGUAAACCAGCUACUACUGGAGUACAGGUUCCUAAGGAAGCCAAAGAGGAAUUUAAGGUUGAGGGCAUGAGCUGUGUAGAUGAAAACAGAAAUAUUACCUAUUGCUCCACAGAACCACCAUCAAUUUGGUCUAGUGAAACAAACACACUCAAAACCUCCCUUUUGCCUAGAUCAGAGGUUUGUGAGGAAGCACAUUCCCUAGUUUCCUCAGACGCAAAGAUGAGUGACUCUCUUCCAAAUGCCAUAGCAGAAAAUGGGAAAGAGACCUCUCAGGCUCAGGUUUCCAAAUUACAGUCAUUAAAUGACCCUAGAAAAGAUGUUGUGGGUGAAGAAAGAGCAUGUAGCCCAGGAAAGGGCCCCCCAGGUGAUUCUCUUUCCAACAUAGCAGUUGCUCCAGAUGUUACAGUGGCCAUAGAAGCAGAGAAACACCAAAUUAAGAAAAAAGGCAAAUUCAAUAUAUCUGGACAUAUUGAUCCACUACAGAAUGAAACACAGAUGGAUGGAGGACAGAUAGCAGAAGAGUGUGAUGAGAAAGUCAAAGAAAACAGUUCAGAUAAUAUCACUAAGCAGCCAGAGGAGAAGAAGACAGAGCCAGCAAAGGAACAGAUUCAUGUUCACAUGCCAGUAGAAAAUGCAAGUCUAGUAUUAGAGGACAAAAGCAUGGCUGCCCAUCCAGAUGCAAGCAUUUUUCCAUUGCCCAUAGAAAAAGAGAUGGAUAAAGAGAAAGCCCUAAUUACAGGGGCAGUUUUGCCAGUCAUUAAAAAUGGAAAACUGGAUCUUCUUGAGGAAAAGCACACUCAAAAGUUGAAUUCCAAGGACCUAGUAAAUUUAGAUGGCAAGGCAGAUAUGACUAUUCUGCCUUCUAAACAGGAAAAAACCGAAAUGGAAAAACUCAGCCUUAGUUGUAAAAAUAGAGACCAGGAAGGUAAUCUCUUGGAGCCUACUGAUCUCCCAGUGGGUUUGUCAGAUGUUAAGGAAGGACCUACUCCAUUGGAAGUGGUAGUAGAUAAUUUGUUACCAGCUGUUAGUAAGAGUAUUCAAUCCACAAAGCCUAAAGAUACAAACGUUGUGGCAUCUCAGAAAUUAACAGAAAAAUCUGGACAGAGAACAGUGGGAGAUGUUAGGACAGAAGUGAGAGGCAAAGUGGCAGAACCAUUGAAAGGCUACAUGAGACCUACGAAAUCCAGGGGACUCACCCCACCAUUGCAGAGACCUGCUCUUCUGGAUGGAGAGAAGCCUAAGCAUCUGAAGGCUCAUGCCAAACCAGAAGUUCAGUCCUCUGUGAAUUUGAAUGGAAAUGACAUCACUGCUCCUCCGAACAAGGAGCUCCCCCCAAGCCCUGAGAAGAAAACAAAGCCAUCAACCACUACUCCAUCUGCAAAGACUGCUACACCGAAAACCAAAUCAGUGCCCACUCCUACCCCCAAGCGGCCGGUUGCCACCACUCCUGGUGGCCCAAGUAAAAAGCCCAUGAGCCCUGCUCCAGGCCUAGCGCCAGCUGCCCCACCCAAACGACCUGCUGCUGCCACGGCUGCCACCCGGGCUUCUUCCUUAAUCUCAAGAGAUGGAAAACCAAAGGUUACGGAUGCAAAGAGCCCUGAGAAAAGGACCCCACUAUCCAAAUCUCCUUCUGCCACCAUUACUAAAACUGGCUCAAAGAGUACCCCAACCACCCCCCGCGUCACAGUGGCUACUUCUUCCAUGACAACUGGUCCAGCCAAUAGAAGCACCUCUUCUUCACCUCCCAAGAAACCUUCCUCUCUCAGGAACGAGGCAAAGCCGACAGACAUCAAGAAGACGACUGCAAAGUCCUCACUAGUAGACUUGAGUCGUCCAAAGACUGCCCCUGCUGCCGCUCCGAAGACAACUAACACCAUGUCUUCAGGGGGCCCACCCUUGCCGGGGGCAGCUUCCAGCCGCCUCAAGCCCAGGCCUACCACCCUGAGGCCCUCCACAACCCCCUCUGUGGACACCAAGAAGCCAGCAGUGCCCAAGGCUGCCCCAGCUAAACCAAAUCCCGUAGCCCCGAGGCCAGGCCGUCCAUCCACGAGCAUCUCUGUCCCAGACCUGAAGAAUGUCCGUUCUAAGAUCGGUUCCACAGACAACAUCAAGCACCAGCCAGGAGGAGGCCGGGCCAAAGUAGAGAAAAAAACAGAGGCCAUCGGUACGGCACGAAAACCUGAACCCAGUGCAGUCUCUAAAACAGCCACCACCUUUAAAGCAGCUGAGUCAAAAGAGAGUGUCCAAAAACAGCCCACUGGGAAAGUCCAGAUAGUCUCCAAAAAAGUGAACUACAGCCAUGUUCAAUCCAAGUGUGGUUCCAAGGACAAUAUUAAGCAUGUCCCUGGAGGUGGUAAUGUGCAGAUACAAAACAAGAAAGUGGACAUUUCCAAGGUGGCCUCCAAGUGUGGCUCCAAAGCAAACAUCAAACACAAACCUGGAGGAGGAGAUGUCAAGAUUGAAAACCAGAAGCUGAACUUCAAGGAGAAGGCCCAGGCGAAGGUGGGAUCCCUGGAUAAUGUUGGGCACCUGCCCGCAGGUGGCUCAGUCAAGACUGAGGGGAGCGGCGAGGUGGCUCCGCUGUGCCUGGCCCCUCCAAGCGGGGAGCCCCCUGAGGCCCAGGCAGGCCCCAACACGCAGGCGAAUGGCGUAGGGCACCUAACCCCCUCAGUGGGUGGUGAACAAAGGGAAACUCAGACCUUCGACACCCAGAUCCAGGAGACAAGCAUCUAACGAUGAAAUUCUGGUCUCGUCUUCCGUCCCCCUUCCGAUAACCCCGCCCCCCCUCUCCCCUCCCCCUCCUGUGUCCCCCGUCGCCUCCCCUGUCUCGCUACAGAUUGAAACGUACAAGCUGACGUUCCGUGAGAAUGCCAAGGCCCGCACUGAUCAUGGAGCCGACAUUGUCUCCAAACCCUCCCCCUUCCCCGGCCAUGCCACCUUCAUCAGCCAGAGCUUCAGCUCCCUCGCCUCGGCCACCCCCUGGCAGCAGCAGCAGCAGCAGCAGCAGCAGCAUUAGCGGCCCCCCGCCCGGGAGCUGCCCAACCCUAGCAGCAUCCUCUUUCCUCGGCUCACAGUCCUUCCGAGCCCAGACUCCUCCCCCUAUGGGAGGGGGGCCCUGCCAGACCCGGGCUCGGAGGGAGGGGAAUGGCCACCGCAGCCAGGAAGCCUUCCCGCCCCCCUCCGUCCCACGCAUGUCUUCCCCUGCCCGGCGCCGCAGCUACACACACAAGGUUUGGGCCACCCCUGGGAGCCGAGCUCCUGAGGGGCGGCCGGAGCUCCUGUGGAAAAAGCUGAAGGCCCGAUUCCUCAGUUUUUUCCUUUUAAACAAGAAAAGAGAGAAACUAAAACCCCCACAUAAAUUUGUUCUUGCUGCUCAAGUUUCUGGUGUUCCUAUUUAAUGAAAAUCUAUCUAAUGCACACACUCACGCCCACUCGGCUGUUCUUGCCCGUGACGUUAGCUUUUUCAUUUCCUUUGGUGACGAAGUGUUGACAGUUUCCUUGUGCUUCUCGGCCUCCUGUAAGUUUCCUUUAUUCAUAUUCGCCCCCCAGCAGCCCUAGAGAGGUAGACAUGUUAACCUCUAUACUGACUACAUAUCCAUGCAGCUGUAACUUCUUUCUUUUGAAUAAUCUAAAAUGCGACGGGAUUCUCUUAUGGUUGAAGCCAUGUCUGAAAAGAAAGUUCUAAGAAUGUGUCGAAGGGAAGAUGUCGGGGACGCACCAGCUGGGUGCCCCCACCGAAAGGUGAACCGUUUGUGGCCAGAGGCCUCCUGGGAGAGAGUUGGCAGGCAGCCCGAUGCCAGGGGUUGGCAGGUGGAGGCGGCCAAGAGGACAGUGCAAAUGCACAGGAGUUAGGAGAGUCGUGACACGGAUGGGGGGUUCCCGGCCGGGAGAAGGAUCCAGUUUGAAGGGGGAUGGUGAAGGGGUUUUCGUGUGUGCGUGUGCUGAUCUGUUCUAACAAGACUGGCCGGGACCCUGGCCCCCUCUCCCCAAGGGGCCGAGGCAGAGUUCUGAGGGCAGAGACUUUGUGUCCAGGAGUGAGUGGAGGUUAAGGAAUAGGGUGUGAAUCAGGUUUAACAGGGAAACUAAUGAAAAAGAGAAUUGGAAAUGGAGGGAGGGAGGGAUGGAGGUAAGGAAUGGGGGGUCCCGAGGAGCUCCCUCAAGGGCCAGGUGCUCCUUUGGGGGACAGUCAGCAAGAAUUACAUGAAAUCCUGGGAUCUGUAUGACACAUGAAGAUUCUUAUUGCACUUGUAUUUUUUAUAUUAAAGUUUGCAUGGUUUCUAAUAAAAUGACUUUAAAACAUAAUGUAGUUUGCAUUGAAAAUAUCUGAGAGUCUCUUAAGUGCUCUGUACUCUGGAAAAAGGUAGCUUUGAUGUGCCCCCAGUCAGUCCUUGGCUCCUUCCUGACCCGGAGGGAGAAGGUCACUUGACUUCAGUAUUUGGGGAAGAGAGUCCCCCCUGCUGACUUUUUGACUUCCAUCUAGUGAGUCUGAACUUCUCUGCUGUCCCUCCGCCUCCCCCAGUGUCUUCCUGCUGCAGACUUCCCUGGGAUGGGGGUUCAUUGAUGGUGGAGGGGCUGGCAGUGCCCAUGUCAUUCUUCACCUUGACCCGAGAGCUGGGCUCGAGCACUUUCUAGCCCAGGCGUUCCCAGGAUAAAGCGGUGACUGGUCGUGAGGCCCUGGCUAGCUAAGGGUUUCUGUCUGCGACGUUCAUGUUGCACAUGGCCUGACAGUAGGUAUUCUGGCCUAGGUGAUGCUGACUGAAAGGAACCCAGAGAGAACCUAUUCCAGCCCCAAAGCUUCAGAGUCCCGGAGAGCCGGUGGCAUUGCCAGAUUGAUUGUCCCUUUAAGUCAAUGCAUGGAGAAUUAGAACUAGAGAAUCUUGUUGGACUUGACAGUUUUGGAGGGCACCUAUUAUCGCUUCCAGAGGAAGGCUCUUGUUCAAAUGGGGUUUUUGCUUAGUGAGCCAGUGGGGUACAGAAGAUUGUGAGCACGGGGCACGUGGGAAUACAGAUUUUCUAGUGGCCCCUCCUUGCUAUUUGUUGGCAGUUUCUGCAGAUUUGGACCCAUGAUAUAGAACAAGUGGAAAGAGCAUUUUAGGUUGCCACCGGAUGCUCCUGGGGGUGUUCGUCUUACCUCCAAGUUUUCGGAGUGAGGCCUCCCUGUGGUACUUGGCUUAGGAGCCUCUCCUGCUCUCAAGGAGCUAAGGACCACCUCCCCAGGCAGGAAGACCAGAGAGGAGACAGGAGGCCUUGCUGCUCUGUUUUGGGGCUUCUCAAGUUGGAAGCGUUGAGGUGGUCUGUAGUAAGUCCUGUGCUUCCCAGGAUGAGCAGGGCUUUUCCCUUUCCCUGUUCAGUAGAUGAAAGCAAUUGUGAAGAGUUGAGGGUGUGAGGAAGAUGAUGAUGGUUUAAAUUCUCUUCCUGGAUCUUUGUCAUGACUUCCCUUUCUCUGGCCCAGGGUGACAGAUCCUCAGCAGUUCAGCCUCCUAGGAGGGGCGAGAGCCACCCAUUUAUGGGCUGAGCGAGUACUCCUUCAUGAGUGUUGAACCUUGCCCCCCUGAGAAAUGCUCUCCUUAGUAAUGGUAGUUUGUCAUGCCAUACUUUAAACAGUAUCUCCUACUUUCCCUCAGUGAAGGACAUUAGGGAGCAGACUGAGGGAGAUGGAGGGGUUGGAGAGUAAGGGCCACCUGAACAAACGCCAGGAACUUGGCUUGCCCUUAAUUAAGCCUUCCUCCCCCACACAGCCUACUGGCUGAUGGGCAGUGAGGUCCAGAGACGUCCCAUUCGGGUAGCUUUCUCCAGAUGGGACGUGUCCUCCUUUAUGCUAGCCCAGUUCAGUUACUUGGUCUGGGGAACAUCGUCCACAGAAAGGGGAUGAUGGUGUGAUGUGCUUUGGGAAAGUUUCAGACUCCAUGCAGGGGGGGGUUCCCCAUCCUCCUAGUUUGCUUGUGGUUAUUGUUACUGUCCCUCAUAGCUGUUAUGUGGCACUCUCUUGAGUGACCUUGUGAUUUUGACUAUUGUAAAGAUUUGAAAUAAUUGCAUAAAUAAAGCUUCUCAGUGUUCUAA